AUGCUACAGGCGGAGCAGAUCAACCCUGUUCCCUAUCGACCCCAGAUGAUUGGUUUGGUAGAGCGAUUCCAUCGUACGUGGAAGGACUAUACGUGGUUCGACUUCGCGGUAUACGCGUACAAUUCGGGUAAGCAUACGACUGUGUCGUUAUCACCAUACGAGCUGAUGAUGGGUCGUCGAUUGCGACCACCGAACGAACUGCUUCGACAAAUGAGCGUCAGUGAAGCGGGUGAGUUAACGGCGUACCACCAGAGACUGUUGACGGCGAUGCAAAGUGCACAUGCGUGCGCCGAGAAGACAAGGAGGCGUGAACAGAACCGACAGGCUCGCUACUAUGUUCGACGAGUAAAAGUUAAGCGGUUGCUCAAUGUGGGAGAUCGUGUAUGGAUGUUCCCGUCACCGCGUGGCCGGAAGACUUCCAAAUUCGUCCACCAAUGGAUCGGUCCAAUGAGGAUCCUUGAGCCGGCGGGAUAUGAAAAUAACUUGGUGAAAUGCGAGGACAAGGACGGUGAGGUAGAGGGUUUCUUGCUCAUGCCUCAUUUUUAG